AUGUCGUUGCCCUUAAAACCGCUCACAAUUGAUUCAAAUAGCAAGCAACUUGAUUCCAAGGAAAAGAAGUUCAAGAACCAUGUAACAAGGGCAUUAGAGAACUUCGAUUCGGUGACAGAAUGGGCAGAUUACAUUGCAAGUUUAGGUAGACUGCUUAAGGCAUUGCAGAGUUGGACACCUCAGUUUCAAAAUGUUAAGUAUUAUGUGCCAUCACCUUACCAGGUUAGUAGAAGACUAGCGUCAUCACUAUCGCCAGACUUACCUGCGGGUGUACAUCAAAAGACCUUGGACGUUUACACUUUUAUUUUUGAAAAGAUUGGUCAAGAUAAUCUGGCGGCAGAAUGUAAUAUUUGGAUUCCAGGUAUCUUGCCAUUGAUGACAUAUGCGUCGAUGUCCGUCAAGAGUCAUCUGGUUGAAGUUUACGACAACUAUUUGGUACAAUUGCCAUCAUCAACAUUAAAACUGCUGGCAAAACCGUUGUUGGCUAGUCUACUUCCAGGAAUUGAUGAUGAGAGUAGUGAGUUUCAACCGGUUACGAUGAACUUGAUUGAUACUUUAAGAGAAAACAUGGAUAACGACUCUUUAUUCUGGCAGUCGUGCUUUUUAGUCAUGAUUACUAGUAAAGAACGUAGGUUAGGUGGAUUAGUAUGGCUCAUAAAGAAAUUUCCUUCAUUGAAUUCUGUGCCGCACUUGGUUAUAGAGAGAAACAAAAGAAUCGAGACUACAGGUGGUAUUGAUAAGAUGAAUCCCAAGGAAUUGAGGGAAGAUGCAUUUUCUACUCUGCAACCUGCAGCAAAAAGUCUACUUUCGCCAGAACCUGGUCUAUUAAUACGUUGUCUGGUGUCUUCACUAAGAGGUGACAAUGAUUUACUGAUUAAAAGAGGUAUUUGGGAUUUACUUUUACAAAGAUUGCAUCUAGAGUCUCCGGUAUUGAACCAACUAAUAAGUGUCGGGGAUAAAAAAUUGUUAGUCAUGGCCUGCUGUAAGACGAUUUUGGAUAAGGAUAUGUCUUUGAAUAGAAGAAUAUGGAACUGGCUAUUGGGACCAGCGGCAGCUUCUUCGAUGAAUAAUGCUGGUGCAUUAACAGAUCAAGUCGUGGAAGAUAGUAAUGAAUAUUUCUUAAAGUAUGGCUUUGACAGUCUGAUAGAUGGUCUGAAAGAUAUGAUUGGAACUCAAGAGUCUGUGACUACAGCAAUCAAUAUUUGCAUUUCAUUAAUGGAUAGGUGGCAGAUUGGUUCAUUGGUGGUCCCGGAAAUGUUCAUACCACUGUUAUUGGCGACUAAGCGCUUUGCACAAAAUCCUCAAGUGAUGAAGAUAUCUAGCAUUUUUUUCGAUACCGUGGAGACCAAUAUCAUUUGGGGUAAAAUUUUCCAAUACAUUAUGGACAGCAAAGAUCUUGAAUUCUUAAAAUUCGUCUUGCACUCUUACAAUGUCGCCAAUGAGGAGGAAAUUGUUGUACGUCAUUUGCCUCUGAUCCUUUUGACUAUCCUCUCCUCUAACGAUUUCCAAAAGGAAGACUCAUCAAAUGGUCGUUAUUCCAUCUGUCAUCAAUUGCUUGAGAUUUUGCCCGAAAGGGCAUUCUUACCGCUAAAUUUUACUCAGAUGAGUUUCGACAGUGAAAUUGAUACCAAAGACGUUUUGAAGAAAAUUUCGGACUACUAUCAUGGAGUUUCAGAUCCAGUCUCUUUGCAAACCGUGGAAGACUCUGUGGAUGUUUUGCCUCCUUUCAAUACCGAGGAUUUGACUUUCCUCAUUGUCCACUGUGCUCAUGAUACCUUACUAGAAAAUCUAAAAUCUGGUGAAAACAUUGCAGAGGCAACAAGAAUUUUUGUUGGUGUCUGUGAAAGAGUACCAGAAUCUAAUGCUGAGAAAGAUGGGCCCUCGAACGAUUUAUCCGAUGAUUCGCUAGUGGAAGCUAUUUUCAUGUGCCUAAACAAUCCAGAGAAGAAAACCGGCUCGGUGUAUGGGAUUGUGGAUCUCUACACUAACUAUUUGGCCUCGAGAAUAGGCUUCAUUCAAUCAGUCAAGCUAUUAAAAUUAAUCAUUUCAUCGCUAUGGAAUUAUUUGGUAGAACCUCGUAGACAAUUAAUGGCGGUUAAAGGUUUAAAACUUUUACAAAAAUGUCGCUAUGCGGACUACGUUGAGGGUGCCCUUUCAAGUGCAUUCAUAGAGGAAAAGGACAUAUCAAGAUGUUUAGUGGUAUUGGAAUUACUUUGGAAUCAAUUGGAACCUAAUUCCGCUGUUUUGAGAAGACCGGUGGAAUUAAUGGCUGAUGAACUUUUCGAUGAACAAAACCCCCAUUAUUUGAGUGUAUCCAAAUGGAUUUUAUCCGUGGUUAAUUCGGGUUCUUCAAACAGACUAUUUUAUUUACUAACAGACGAUCUACUGAAAUUUGAUUUUUUAAAGAGGGAUUAUCUGCAGGACCUGGAUGACCUUGAUAUGUUUACAUACCGUCUUCAAUGUUUGACGAGCAUUUUAAAGAGUAACAACAAUGUCGUAUUGGAGAGUUUUACAACUGAAUUGACCACCAUUGGCUCUUUAGCAGAUUGGGAAAAUGAAGAUGUUUCCACUUACAAGAAUUUGGUCAUUGUAAUUAUAAUGAGAUUUUUGCAUUUGAAAAAUAACAAUAACGCUACUAGCAUAAGAAGUGCCCUCCUACUAUUGGAAUACUUGCUAAAUGGUUCUGAACAAAACUUCAAAUGGAUUGUUAUGUUCUUAUUACAGAUGUCAUCUGAAUAUAUUUCAAAGGAGGGCUUGGAAUCAGAUCUAAUAGCAGUCUCUUUGCUGAACAUCGUAUCCAAAGUGCUAAGAUUAUCUCAUGAGAAUGGAAUUAAGCUUGAUGUGUUUGAUGAUAAUACUACGCAUUUGAAAUAUGUCGAUUAUCUGAUUACAAGUGUUGCUUCGAUGGAAAGCCCACUCAUUGUGACCUCCUAUGUUAAGCUUUUGAGAGAAAGUUUGGCUUAUUUUGAAAGCUCUAUUUUCCGCAUGAUAUUGCCGCUCACAGCUUCUAUUGUCCAAUGUGUGCAUAAACUUUUAGACAAGGAAAAGAAAGAUGGCGGAUAUUAUCAAUCGAUUGCAUUACUUCUUGCUGGUUUAGAAGAGUUGUUAGAAGUGUCACACAAAUUUUUACUAGCUGAUGAGAAUGAAGGAUACUUCUCUGCUGCGGGAUCUCGUGGUGAUUUCCUCCAGAGCAUGGUUUCUAAUGUUUUUUCCUCUGACGUCUCAGCAAACGAUGUUAAGGUUCAAGGUGAAAGGGAUGUUAUACUACAAUCAUUUAAAGAGGUUGUAACUUGUACUUUCCACAUAUGGUCAUGGGCUCAUGAAGUUUCUGCUAAUGCUACCAGGACUCCAGAAUCUGAGCAAACCAACCACAAUUCUUAUAAGUUUAAAUUCACUGCCAAAAAAUUAUUGGAGAAAUUAUUUUUGCUAGAACCUUUGGAAGUAAUGGAAGAUUUAGUAAUUGCACCUACGGAUAACGAUAAAUUGACUUUGAUACAUGUGCUGGAUGGUAACAGGCCUGCCUUGACAAUACCAUAUUUUUUUAUUGGUAUUGUGUAUAGACAAAAUAAGAAUGGCAGUGUUAAGUUUUCGGUCAACAGUGGUAACACCAAGACUAGCGGCAACCAUCUGGAUUCCUCCUUAAUGCAUAAAUUGGAUUCUAAGGCAUUGAUGCAUUUCUUGUUAAACUAUGCAUCGUCCUUGGAAAAUGCUGCCAUCGAAGACUUCUACGGUGAUUUUGCUGCCUUCCUAAAAGAGGUCAGUGCCAACUACAAUCUUUAUGGUACCGUCUCUACUUCAGUAUUGAAGUUUGUGGGUAUUAUUGCUGAGAAGCUUAAUAAAUCUAGAUUUGGAGAGCAGAAACGUAUUAGGAGGGAGUUGGCAGAAACAUUUACAAAAUACUUGCCCAAUGCCCUAUCAGAUUCUCCCCUAGAUUACGAGAAUCCCUACCAGUCAUUUGAAAAUCUGGAAUGUGUGGUCAAAAGCUUGCAGUAUAUUUUGAACGAUUCUGUGGGAGGUGAGAAAUACAACAGUUCACUUCAUACAAUUGUCAAUCAAUGUAUUACACCUUAUUUCAAAUCGAAAACUGAAACAGUGGUUCCGGAGUACGUCCUGAAGCUUUCUCUAGAGAUCGCUAAAGUCGGUGAAAAGGUGAAGAAUUGGAGACUUUUGGUUAAUGAUUUCUUCAUGGAUGAGAAGAAAUUUAUACUUGUGGAAAAUCCAAUUUGGAAAGAAAUCAUGUAUCAUUGGUCCCACUAUCCGGAGAAUAAAUCGAAAGUGAUUAAUGAUUUGAUAACUGCAGUGGACACAAAGGUGGCUGGUAUGAUAUCGUUCAAUUCAUGGAGUGAUUCUGAAAACGAUGCCAAGGCACAAAACAUUCUGAGACUCUCCUUUCUGCUCCUGAUUUCUCCGGUAGAUUCUUAUCUGUUACAAUUCCAAUCUUUGAUUUCUUUGGCAUGUGAGUAUCUUGUCUCCAAAAAUGUUAAAUUAAAAUCCAAGUGUUGGAUAUUGUUGAGAGCCCUUUUCUUGAGAUUCUCAGAUUCACAUUUCAACGAGCAUUGGUCCAUGUUAACCUAUAGUCUACAGACUAAUUUACAAGAAUUUUUCGAAUCGCUACAUAUUCGAGAAGAGAUGGAUGUGGGUCUGUUGUUGCAAACAUGUAAGACCUUAGAUCUUUUACUGGCAUUAAAUUUUGAAGGAUUUAGUGGUACAAACGAAUGGCUGUUUGUCAUUGAUACAAUUAACUGCAUUUACAAAGAAUAUCCAUUUGUGGCAUUAGUUGAUGAGAUCUACGAGUUUAAAGAAUUUGAAAGGAGAACCGUAGAGGAUGUGGAACCACUAGAUAAGAUACAGUCACAGGUACCAUUGCUGGCUGGUGUGAGUUCCAUUAAGAGUUAUACUCAAUUAAAGAAUUUUUUCCAAAACCUAAGUUAUGUUCAUUACGAGUACAUCUACAGUUUGAAAGGAGUCGAUAUGGUAGAGUGUGAGAACGAUUUAUUUACAGAUAUCUUUUUUACCUAA